AUGGGGCGAGACCCCAAAGUGUGGUCGGACAAUGCAGGAGAGUUCUUUCCAGAAAGAUUCGAGGAUAGCAGCAUAGACCUUAGAGGACAUGAUUUCCAACUCAUCCCUUUUGGAACUGGUCGAAGAGGAUGCCCUGGAAUGCAAUUAGGGCUAACCACCAUGCGUUUAAUUAUAGCUCAAUUAGUCCAUUGCUUUGAUUGGGAGUUGCCCGAUGCUAUGUUGCCUAAUCAACUCGACAUGACCGAGAAGUUUGGUCUCUCAUUGCCCAGGGCUAAGCAUUUGUUUGCAAAGCCAACCUAUCGUUUAGUUGGUUAA